CACCUGUUGAGGUAUACCUGCUGUCGCCGGCACCUGUACCUGUAGCCAAUCAGCACCAGCGCUGCCAGGAACCUACCUGUCAGCAAAAUCCCGACACUCAAACCUCAACAUAAAUCAAACACUUCCCCGGGCAGGGAAUGUCUGUGUCAGGCGAGAAAUAGAGACAGGAGCAGUCAGCCGAGUCUCGGGGCCGGUGCCUGUCGUCGGAGCCUGGGAGCAGGAAGAUGUCGAAUGAACUUGAUUUCAGGUCUGUGCGGCUGCUGAAGAACGACCCAGUCAACUUCCAGAAGUUCCCCUACACCAGCGAGGACGAGGCCUGGAAGACCUACCUGGAAAACCCCUUGACGGCUGCCACCAAGGCCAUGAUGAGAGUCAAUGGGGAUGACGACAGUGUGGCAGCCCUGAGCUUCCUCUAUGACUACUACAUGGGCCCCAAGGAGAAGCGGAUCCUGUCCUCCAGCACCGGGGGCCGGAACGACCAAGGAAAGAGGUUCUACCAUGGCAUGGAGUAUGAGAUGGACCUCGCUCCCCUGGAGAGCCCCACGCACCUCAUGAAGUUCCUGACAGAGAACGUGUCUGGAAGCCCAGAGUACCCAGACGUGCUCAAGAAGAAUAACCUGAUGAGCUUGGAGGGGGCCAUGCCCUCCCCGGGCAAGGCGGCCCCGCUCCCCGCAGGCCCCAGCAAGCUGGAAGCGGGCUCCGUGGACAGCUACCUGCUGCCCACGAGUGACGUGUAUGAUAACGGCUCCCUCAGCUCCCUGUUCGAGAGCAUUCACGGGGUGCCGCCCACACAGCGCUGGCAGCCGGACAGCACCUUCAAAGACGACCCGCAGGAGUCGCUGCUCUUCCCAGAUAUCCUGAAAACGUCCCCGGAACCCCUGUGUCCAGAGGACUAUCCCAGCCCCAAAAGUGACUUCGAGUACACCCUGGGCUCCCCCAAAGCCAUCCACAUCAAGGCAGGCGAGUCGCCCAUGGCCUACCUUAACAAGGGCCAGUUCUACCCCAUUACCCUGCGGACCCCAGGAGGCGGCAAAGGCCUGGCCUUGUCCUCCAACAAAGUCAAGAGCGUGGUGAUGGUGGUCUUCGACAACGAGAAGGUCCCGGUGGAGCAGCUGCGGUUCUGGAAACACUGGCAUUCGCGGCAACCCACCGCCAAGCAGCGGGUCAUCGACGUGGCUGACUGCAAAGAAAACUUCAACACCGUGCAGCACAUUGAGGAGGUGGCCUAUAAUGCACUGUCCUUCGUGUGGAAUGUCAGCGAGGAGGCCAAGGUGUUCAUCGGCGUCAACUGCCUCAGCACAGACUUCUCCUCGCAGAAGGGGGUGAAGGGUGUCCCCCUGAACCUGCAGAUUGACACCUACGACUGUGGCUCGGGCACCGAGCGCCUGGUACACCGUGCUGUCUGCCAGAUCAAGAUCUUCUGUGACAAGGGAGCCGAGAGAAAGAUGCGGGAUGACGAGCGGAAGCAGUUCCGGAGGAAAGUCAAGUGCCCCGAGUCUGGCAACAACGGCAUCAAGGGCUGCCUGCUGUCCGGCUUCAGGGGCAAUGAGACCACCUACCUGCGGCCUGAGGCUGACCUGGAGACCCCGCCGGUGCUGUUCAUUCCCAACGUGCACUUCUCCGGCCUGCAGCGUCCUGGAGGGGCGGUGCCCUCGGCAGGACAGGGCAGCUCCGGCAGGCUGCCUCUGAAGCGUGCCUGCUUGCCCUUUGCUGAGGAGUUCGAGCCUCUGCCCUCCAAACAGGCCAAGGAAGACGAUCUGCAGAGAGUCCUGCUGUACGUGCGGAGGGAGACCGAGGAGGUGUUCGACGCGCUCAUGCUGAAGACCCCGGACCUGAAGGGGCUGAGGAACGCGAUCUCCGAGAAGUACGGGCUCCCCGAAGAGAACAUCUACAAGGUCUACAAGAAGUGCAAGCGGGGAAUCUUGGUCAACAUGGACAACAACAUCAUUCAGCACUACAGCAACCACGUCGCCUUCCUGCUGGACAUGGGGGAGCUCGACGGCAAGAUCCAGAUCACCCUCAAGGAGCUGUGAGGACCCGGGGUCGGCUCCGGGCACCCACAGCCUCUCCCCACGCCUCAGCGCUGCUACUUGAACGCCCUCCCCGAGGGAAGAGGCCCUGGGGUCACAGAGGUCAGGGCCAGGAAGGGGCCCGGAGGGGUCCUGAUAGGACCCCCGUCUCGUGCCUGGAUCUGCUCUCGGAACUCCCGCCAGGGACUUCUCGGCCAGAGACGGCGUCACCUUGGUUCACGCACCCAACGGACCUUCCUCCUCGGCAGC